GUAGCUUUUUUUCCGUUGUGACGCGGAAGUCAGCUGUAAGCUAUAACAACAUGUGAAAAGCAGAUCGGGGCUGUCUGGUUGUAACCUACAUGGCAGCGGAGCGGGCUGGGAGUGUCGGCCGGGCUCCGGCCUGUCUGUGUGUCCUCUGCGGGCUGCCUGCAGCCGGGAAGUCCACGCUUUCCCGCACGGUCUGCAUCACCGCUGCACAGCAAGGGUGGAGGUCCACUGUGGUGUCCUAUGAUGACCUGAUCCCCGAGCAUGCGUUUCAUGCCACAGUGUCAGGCGAAGAUGCCAAACUGCAAGAAAUGCACACUGAAUGGAAGUUGCACAGACAGGCAGUGUUGCAGUGUAUUGAGCAGUUCUUGAAGAAGCCUGAAGUGUUGGCGAUGCUACCUAGCAGUUGUCAGAUCAACAGUGCUGCAUGGGAAAGAUGCAUCCAAGCUCUGCUGGAGCCGGAAACUUCAGAGCGCUCUCAGGCUGACAGGGCACCACUCGUGUUUCUACUAGAUGACAACUUCUACUAUCCAAGCAUGAGAUAUGAAGUUUUCCAACUUGCAAGAAAGUAUUCGCUGGGCUUUUGCCAGGUGUAUCUGCAGUGCAAUUUGGAGUCAUGCAUCAGCAGAAACCAGAGCAGGUCUGAGCCCAUUCCCACUGAGGUGAUAUUGGAGAUGACAAAGCGUUUAGAGUCUCCAAAUCCACAGAAAAACUCAUGGGAGACAAACAGCAUUUUACUCAACACUACAGACAGUGUUUCCAAAAAUGACAUCCAGAGGGUGAUGGAGUUGAUCUCCUCUGCACUGAGCAACCCGCUGAGCCCGGUUGAGGACAACACGGAACAAAAGGAGGCUGACCGCCAGAAAUGUGCCGCUAGUGUGGUUCACCAGGCAGACAAGACCUGUCGACGCCUGAUCUCUGAAGCGAUGAAGACUGCCAGAGAAAGUCAAGUUCGCCCUGAUUAUAUGAGGUCCUUGGCCACUCAGCUGAACGAAUCCAAAGCGAGAUUUCUUCACAACCUGCGGAAACAGUUCCUACAGGAAGUGCCUUUCAAUCAAGAAGAGGACAUCGAUGUGGAACGUGUGGUGAAAAGAGCAGUGGAUGUUUUUGACAGUGAAAAAAAGGAACUCUUGUUGAGAAUCAUAAAUGACAAUUCUUGAGUUUUGACAAUGGUAAAUUUAAUCACAUAAAAGGUCACAAGUGAAACUGUGAUAAAGUAAAUUGUAUUUGAUUUAUUUUUCUGUUUUUGCUGCUGAUCAUAUGUUCUUCAGUUAGUGGGACCUUUGUGGGGCUACAUGAAACAAACACUUGAAUGUAAUAUAUAUAUCAUUUUAUCAUUUCACUUUGUAAUUAAAACUUUAAAUAUUUUUUGAAAACCAGAGUUUCCUCACAACUAAUUUCUCAAACUCAAGAUAAGGUGAUACACUAGAAGUCAUCUACAUGGUUUCACCAAAUGUGGUGUAAAAUGUUAAUCAGGUAACAUUUUAAUGUUUUUUGCCAGAAUACAUAAUAUACUGAAGAUUUCACUCAAGGCAAUAAGUCUUUACUUUAGACCAAGACUUAAACAAAAUAAAAAACUAGUUCCAUUUUAUUUUUCUUUACUGCUCAUCCUCUAGAGGAUCACAGGGGAGCUGAAGCCACUCUCAGCUGACAAUAGGUGAGAGGUGGUGUCGCCAGUCAAUUACACAACCAUUCACACUAACAUUAACACCUAUGGGCAAUUUAGAGUCACCGAUUAACCUAACCUGCAUGUUUUUGGUCUGUGGGAGGAAGCCGAAGGAACUCAUGCAGGCACGGGGAGAACAUGCAAAUUCCACACAGGUGUGCUGGAUCCCAGAGUCCUCUCGCUGUGAGACAACCGUGCUAAUCACGACACCACCGUGCUGCAUCCAAAAAAAAAAGUAACAUUAUACCUAACAAUCUGAGGGUCACCUUGCACCUUUACAGUGUCUCAACAUCAGCUACAAUACAAAGAAGUUGCUACAGUGAAAAUUGGUUUACACAGUACCACAAAAACUACUCAAGACAAUGUAUAAAUAUUUGUAGAAAAAAGUUUCAAUGGUAUAAAUUAGUACCAAAAAAAGAGCGCUAUUGAAAUCCUUCUGAAAUAUUACUAACUGAUUUGGGCAACACCUUCUGCAGUCUAUGAUGGGAGGUAUAAAUAAAUAUCAGGACAGAGAGCAGGAUUGUGGGUAAGGCUGGACACAAACUAAAUGUUUUGAACAGAAAAUGAGCCAGUUUGGCUGUCAGUCUCCAAACAUCGGCUUCAGUUUUUUCAAAAACAUACCAAGCUGGUGAGCUCAUGAUGUUCAGUGUUAAAUACUGUUAAGUGGUAUUUUAUUUAAAGUGUUUUAUAUCUAGAUGCCUAUGUAAUAGUGAUUUACUUCAAGAGCUGAGUGAAAUGCUGGUGAAUCAAUGGAAAGCAAAAACCAUGAUUACAUAUGCCAAACACAUGUAGCUGAAUUCACAAAGGACAGUGGUCAGUGGUUCUCAAACUGUUUCACGUCAAGGACCCCUAAACUGACACAAUUAGACCACAGACCCCCAUUCGAUAAGA